CUAUUAUCUCUCUCAUUUGAGUUCUGUACAUUUUCAUGGAUACCACUAGACAUGAUAGCAUGCCAAGAAACAAUACAUGGGAUAAUCUUGUAAUGGCUUCAAUGGAGCAGUCGACUCCCAUUUCUACUCCAUACCUCCAUGACGAUCAGCUUGCUUACGAUGUAAUUUUUGAGAAUUUUCAUUCUCAACAAAUUACACAACCAACAUCAUCAUGUUCUUCCCAUUAUGCACCCAUACAUAGUGAUCACCAUGAGCAUCAACAACAACAACUUAUAAGAACUUUGAGUUAUUGUAGUGAAGAAAAAAAACAAGAAAAGUGUGAAAAAGGAUCAUCAGAAGAAGAAGAAGAAGAAGAGUUGGAUGCAAUGAAAGAAAUGAUGUACAGAAUCGCAGCGAUGCAACCAAUUGAUAUCGAUCCGGCGACACUUAGUAAACCUAAGAGACGAAAUGUUCGAAUCAGUAACGACCCACAAAGUGUAGCUGCACGUCAUAGGCGAGAGAGAAUAAGUGAAAGGAUGAGAAUUCUUCAGAGACUUGUUCCAGGAGGAGCUAAAAUGGAUACAGCUUCCAUGUUAGACGAGGCAGUUCGCUACGUUAAGUUCUUAAAGAAACAAGUUAUCAAGCUACAAUCGAGUAAUCAAAAUUCUCCUCGUCUUGCAGUGCCCAUCAUCAACGAUGACUACCGUUGGCAUGUCCCGUCGUCGGAGAACAACAUCGUUACAUUUACGGAGACAACGCCACAAAAGGCCAAGGAUUAUUGCAUCCCUAGAUAGCUAGCAGUACGAGUUUUAUGAACAGGUAAUUAAUUAGUGAUCAUAAAUUAGAGAUUGUAAUUAGUUGAAGCAUUUAUAUCCUAUUACUAAUGAACGGAAGGAAGUUAUGAGUGACGUGAAUUGGGAAAAGAAAUAUUGCUAGUAUAUAAAAGAUUUAUUAAUGGAUGAACGGCACUAGUGGUACAGUAGUCAUUGGUGUUAGGUUUGUUAGGAUUUGGUUGACUUGCUUGUACUCAAAAUAAUUAUAACGGAUGCCAUAUGAUGCGUUUAUC